UGACUCCUAGCUACUCACAAGUCACACCACUUACUUCUCUUGGAUUUUGAUCAUAAUACUUGCAUACGCAUCUCCAUCUCUUACCAUGGCUACUUCUAGAAUAUUCACCAUCGCUGACCCCAAAUUCAGUUUGAGCAUUCGGGAUGACAAGGUCAUUCUUGCCCCCACCAAUCCAAAUGAUCCCAAUCAGGUAUGGUACAAAGAUGAGAAAUACGCACAAGGUGAGACGGACCCCAAUGCCUUUGCCCUAGUUAAUAAGGGUACUGGUCAAGCCAUAAAACAUGCUACUGGACCAGGUCAACCUGUGGAGCUAGUUCCUUUCAAUCCGAAGAUUGUGGAUAAGUCUCUGUUGUGGAUCAAAGGAGUUGACGGGGUUGAAGGUAGCAAUUCAAUCUUGACGCUUAAUAAUCCUAACCUCGCCAUGGAUGCUGAAGCAGCGAACACUCAAGCAUUUGAUGGCACUUUAAUCAAGCUGUGGAAUUGGAAUGGUGGAGUUAACCAGUUUUGGAGCAUUGUUACCAGGGCCACUGUUAGAAUAUUCACCGUGGCUGACUCCAAGUUCAGUAUGAGCAUUAGGGAUGGCAAGGUUAUUCUUGCUACAACUAACCCCAGUGAUCCGAAUCAGGAGUGGUACAAAAAUGAGAAAUACGCACAGGGUGUGCAAGAUCAAAUGGGCCGCAAUGCCUUUGCCCUGGUUAAUAAGGGUACUGGUCAGGCCAUAAAACAUGCUACUGGAAAUACCCAACCUGUGCAACUAGUUGUUUUCAAUCCAAAUUCUGUGGAUAGGUCUUUGUUGUGGACCAAAGGAGCUGACUGGGUUGAAGGUAACAGUCCGAUCUGGAUGCUGAAUAAUCUUGAGCUCGCUUUGGAUGCUGAAGCAGCGAAUACUAAACCAUUUGAUGGUACUUUAAUCAAGAUGUGGAAGUGGAAUGGUGGAGUCAACCAGCUAUGGAGUAUUGUCCCCAACUGAUGGCAGGGGGAGCAAUUACUUUGGGGUUUCCAUUUCCAGAAGUUUGAUGUCAUUUUCCUUUAUAUCUAUGUGUGCUGCUGGUGUUGCUGUUCCUUGAGAAUAAAACCUUGAUAUUUGGUUGUUAUCAUAUCAAGGCUGGUGUUUGCGCUUGUGUUUGUGUGAUCCAGUUUGGGAAUAAUCACUUGUAUGGUUUUCAUGUUAUGUAUAUAUGAGAAUAUGU